UUUCAGCUUGGCUUGUUUUGAGUAAAAAUAAUUAUUUUAAAUAUUAAGUUUCUACUACUAUUAUAAAGAAAAAUUUAAUAAGAUUUAAAAAUCUCAAUAGAUAACCUACCUAAAAUGGAUAUCUUAAAAGCUGAAAUAGCCCGAAAGAGGAAACUUUUAGAGGAGAAGAAUGUUUUGAAUCCAACCAAAAAGUUUUUCAAAAGGGGUGACCUCCUAGCAAAAGAACAAGAAGAAUAUUUGAAAAAGUAUGGUCCACAUUUGGUCCAACCAGAAGAGAAAGAUAAAACUGAGGAAAACGAUUCAGGUAAAAAUGCUGAAAAUGAAAAUGAGAAUGAUGAAAGUGUAUCAUUACCAAGAGCUGAGGUUAUAAAACGUCUACGAGAAAGAGGACACCCAAUAGUGCUAUUUGGUGAGAGUGAGAGACAGGCAUUUAAAAGACUCAGACGUAUAGAGAUACAGGAACCAGAGGCCAAUCGGGGUUUCCGUAAUGACUUCCAAGAGGCUAUGGAGAAAGUGGAUCAGGCAUAUUUGGAUGAAAUAUUAGCUUUAGGCACACAGAGUGGUUCAGAAAAGUCACACAAAGAGGAUGACAUAGACGACUCUGUGACUUAUGAAUCCAUUCAAGAAAUGGCCAAAACCAUGGGACAAGGAGACAGAAAUCAUGACAUGAAUGUUAUUCUCACACUGCUACAGUUUCUAUUGAAGCUUUGGGGGCAGCAGUUAAAUUCCGCAACAGCUGCUGAGAAACAAUCUGUGAAACACAAAAUGGCGAGGGCUACAUACACACAGACACAAGUCUACCUCAAACCCCUGACAAGAAAGCUGAAGAAGAAAAACUUUCCAGAAGACAUUUGUGAUAGCUUAAUGGAGAUCACGAAGCACUUGCUGGAAAGAAAUUAUAUAAUGGCUAGUGACGCGUAUCUUCAAAUGGCGAUCGGUAAUGCACCAUGGCCUAUCGGAGUUACUAUGGUCGGUAUCCACGCGCGUACGGGACGUGAGAAAAUUUUCUCCAAAAACGUAGCCCACGUGAUGAAUGAUGAAACACAGAGAAAGUACAUCCAAGCCCUGAAACGACUGAUGACUAAAUGCCAAGAAUAUUUCCCUACUGAUCCGUCUAGAUGUGUUGAAUAUAGUACGACCAAAUAAAUAUUUUUGCGUAUUCAGUCUUUUAUUAUCAAGAGCAAAAUGUUUUUAAAAUAUGUUUUAGAGUUCCACUUGCAAGAAUGCCUAAAAAUAAUUUCGACUGAAGAUAACCUAGGAUAUUACGCGAUAAAAAUUGAUUUCUUGAAGCUUUUCGAGACGUAUCCUGAAGUAGGCGAUAAGGUUUUAGGAAAUCCUAUACACUUCUUGCCAAGUUGCAGUGAAGACUUGGUAAGGGCCCAGAAGAAUAUACUAACAAAGAAACAAUAUAAAGAUUUAAUAUCGGACCUAGCUUAUACUUCUUUAAAGAAAAACGUGACUGCUCGAUUUUUUGGCCUGCCAGUAUGCCCAGAGUUACACAGAACAGUUUUUCCCAAGAAUUCAGAUAUAGGAAGCUUUUUGAAAAUUUCUGGGACAGUUGUAAGAAUAACACAGUCAAAAAUGUUGGAGUACAAAAGGAUGUAUGUGUGUGUAAAAUGUAAAUAUGAAAUGAUUGUUGAGGCAGACUUUGAAAGCAGUUACAUAUUGAAAGCACCUACAAAGUGUGCAAACCCAAGCCCAAAAUGUAAAUGUACAAUAUUCAAUCAGUUCAAUCUCGUAUCGAGAAUACAUUGUAAGGAUUACCAAGAAAUAAAGUUACAAGAGCAAGUAAAUAAAUUGACAAUUGGUACAAUACCAGGGUACAUGACUGCUGUGCUUGAGAAUGAUCUCGUUGACUCCUGCAAACCUGGUGAUGAUGUGACUAUUUGUGGAAUAGUCCGUCGUCGAUGGAAACCGUGUUCCGCUGGGCAAAGGACGCGAGUAGAACUGGUGUUUGAAGCCAAUUUCGUUGAAGUGAGCAACGCCAAGAGAUCUGAAGUUAUUGCUUCAUCGCCAGACAUCAAGGACUGUUUCAACGACUUCUGGGCAAAAUACCAACAUCUUCCCUUGAAGGGUAGAGAUGAGAUUCUGGCUACUGUUUGUCCACAGGUAUAUGGACUUCACCUGGUUAAGUUGGCGAUACUGUUGUCUGUUAUAACAAGUGCCAACCACGACAUACAAGGAGACAAAGUGACUAAAGAUGAUGAGAACUAUGCAAGCCAUGUCAGAGAGCAGUGCCAUUUGCUGCUGGUUGGUGAUCCAGGCACUGCCAAGUCCCAGCUGCUAAAGGCGGCUGCGGAGUUGACACCUCGCUCAGUGUUCACUACAGGCGCGGGGAGCACGCUAGCUGGUCUAACGUGUGUGGCGUUACGGGAGGACGGAGUGUGGCAGCUGGAGGCGGGCGCGCUGGUGCUGGCCGACGGCGGCGUGUGCUGCAUCGACGAGAUAGCGCACCUGCGGGAACACGACAAGAUGGCCAUGCACGAGGCCAUGGAGCAGCAGACUAUAUCCGUGGCCAAGGUCGGAAUAGUAUGUAAACUGAAUACCAGGUGCGCUGUGAUCGCCGCCUGCAACCCGCGGGGCAAGUAUCAGACGGACCAGCCGCUUGCGACUAAUGUUGCACUCGGGACACCUCUGUUAAGUAGGUUCGAUUUGAUUUUCAUUUUGAUGGAUUCAAAGAACAAAUCGUGGGAUUCGCUGGUGUCGAAACACAUACUGUAUGGAGAGGUUUUCACAGGUUUACGAAAUAAAUGGAGUGUUGAUAAAUUGCAGACCUACAUAGGACUAAUCGGUCCUAGAUGCGUGCAACGAACGCGGUCAGCUAACGCGAUACUACAGAGCUAUUACAUGAUGCAGCGGCAGUCAGAGUGCAGGGAUCCUUCAAGGACCACCGUCCGAAUGCUAGACAGCCUUAUAAGGUUAUCAGAAGCACAUUGUCGACUCAUGUAUAGGACGACGAUAUUAGCAAUGGACGCGAUAGUAGCGGUGGCACUGGUAGACCUUUCGAUGCAGAGUUGCAUAGUUCACGACUCGCCGGACGCUCUACACACAACAUUCCAGAAAUAUCCAGACUUUGACUACCUCUGCUUAGCGAAAAAAUUGCUAUUGAAAUUAAACCUUUAUGACAUAUGGCAGGAUGAGCUACUUUACUAUGCAAAACUUCUGGAAGUCGAUCAUAAGACGCUAGAAAAUGAGAUCCUACAUAAAAAUCAUAAAUCGUUCGCGAAGUUUAAUGUUGGAAGUGUCGAGGAUGAUAUGACUCCGUCCCUACCGAUUACGAGUACAUAUUUUAAUGAUUUAAAAGAAAAAUAUGCAAGUGAUAAAAUAGACGAUAAUCAAGAAAUUGAAUCAAUAAUCAAUCAUGGGAAAUGUAAAAGUAAUAGUAUAGUUGAGGCAUCAGAAAGUCCGUCGAAAACAAAAGGUAAAGGACGUAAAAGAAAGGAAAUUGUUCUACAGAAUGGCACUUUAGAAAGAGAGAGUAAGAAACUAAAGAAAGACACAAAAACAAAAAAAUCGAAUAAGUCUAAAGAAAAUGGCGACAAAGAAUUAAAUAUUCAGAACAUGUUAAAUGAAGUACCAAGUGUAAAUGACAUUUUUAAAGAUUUAGGUAUUGAUAUUAAAGUCGAAAAUGAUAAGGAGAAUAUUGUAGAUCAUGAAAUAACAGAAAAUCUUUCUUUAAAUAAUAUUGACUUAAAUGGUGGAAUUAGUAAUAAAUCAAGCGAGGAAAAAACUGAUCUGAAUGAUAGUAUAUCACAUAAAACUCUGAAUAAACUCAAACUUUUUGAAUUCAAAGAGAAAUCUGAUAAGAAUAAUUUGCUAACAGAAAGUAAAUGUGUAGAGACUAGCAAAGACACUGUAAAGAAACUAGAUACCCCUGGUAGCAGUGCUUCUACAAGUUUCAGCAAACCGUCCAUAUCUGGUUCCCAAAUACCAAUGUUUGAGAGCUCUGAUUGUGAUAUAGAUUUAGAUAUUUGAAAGUAUUACUAAGGGUCAACUUAUACUAGCGCAGAGUCGAAGCGAUUUAUUAAAACUGAACGUAACA